GGUUGCCUAAAGCAGUUCAGUGAUAAUUGAGAGGCUGGGAGAGGGCGCGGCCACCGCUGUGGAAACUCACUUUGAUGCUGACUCCGGGUUUUUGCGCUCGGAUUCACAGAUCGAUAACUGCCGCUUGGACUCGUUGAUCUGAGCAGAGGCGAGGUGCGGUCCCUGGCGACUCUCCAACCCCCGUUCACAGGGACCAUUACAAUCAGCUAGCAACAAGCAGUUGGAUCCCAGUGGAGUGAAUAGACGUGAUUUUCCACCGAGCGGGCGCCAGGAAGAGGAAGGCUGGUCCGGGAGGAUGGUGAACGCAGACGAGGUGGAGGCGAGCGGGCCGGAGAAGCUGCCGCUGGCGGGUGCGGGAACGGCCAGCGAGGGGCCCAUGGAGAAACGCGGGCGGCUGCUGUCCGGGCUGCUGGCUGUGAAUAUCCUCUUCCUGGGAUCUGCCCUGGUCCUCAGUUCCAUCUUCAACCGAGAGUCCGUGUCGGGCACCAACGUGCUGCUCCUGCUCAUGGCGCUGAGUGCUGUGGCCGUGGGCUGGAUGACCUUCCACCGGCUGGCCGUCCCCCUCGUCCCUCACCGAGACCUGCACGCCGGCGCCAUCUGGCUCCGAGGGGCGGUGCUGCUGUUUGGAGUCUGCACUAUUCUGCUUGAUGCUUUCAAGGUGGGAUAUUACCUUCAGUUCAAGGGUGGUGCCCGCACCGUGAAGGUUGUUUACCCCAUUGUGGAAGCGAUCUUCAUCAGCACUCAGACAUUCUUAUUAUGGUUUCACUCGAGAGACUGCCUCCACGUGCACCGAGAUGCCACCAGGUGUGGACUGAUGGUGACCUUGGCCACCAACCUGGUAAUGUGGAUGACUGCAGUCACUGAUGACUCUGUUCACAGGGAAUUAGAGGUUGAACAGCAGGCCCCGCACAAUGGGAGCAGCUCACAGCUCACAGGUAUCGAGAAUAUCUCGGAUUUCCAGUGCCAGGGGGAACUCUGCACCAUUUUUCAGAGGGGCAUUGUUAUCAUGUACCCCUUUUCCAUAGAGUAUUGCCUCAUUUCUUCUACAAUGCUUUACAUCAUGUGGACCAAUGUCGGAAGGACCAUCAACCACCAUGGAUCAUAUACAAGCCACAGGUUCAGAGGUUACGGGCUUGUUCUGGGACCUCUGCUGGGUGUAGUGGCGAUAAUCAUCGGCUUGUUUAUCUUCAUCCUUUAUCAGAUUGAGGUUUCCAGGGACCCCACGCAGCCCGCCCCCUUCAUCCAGUUCUACAGUUUCCACAUCGUCUUGCUCUCCAUCAUGUCUCUCUGCUCUCUGGCUGCAUUAGCUGUUCACAGGUGGGAAGAGAGAGAGGUCGACUGCAGGGAGAACCCAAGCCGCAGCCUGGAUGUGGUUUUGCUGCAGGUCGCUGCGCUCGGACAGCUGUGCAUCUCGUACUUCUCCAUCGUGGCCAUUGUGUCCACCCGCUCCGGGCGGUCAAUGGAUCUCCUCAACCUUGUCUACUCCUUACUCAUAAUCAUCGAACACAUGCUGCAGAACCUCUUCAUCAUUGAGGGCUUGCACCGGCAGAGUGCUGCGGAGGAGCUUUGUUUAAGCUUUGUCGGGGCUUGUGGUAAAGAUUCCACCAUCAACCUUCAGAACCUCAAGGAGCAAGGAUCUCUGUCCUCAGAAACGGAAGCAACAGUAAAUGAUCAGGCGGAUGUGUCCGCUGAGCAGAAUGAUACAGAUGACCCACCAGAUGGCUCAUCUGACCUAAACUCCAGAAAGCUCGCUCCCCCAGCCCCACAAUCCACCAACACGCUCAACUGGAAACGAAAAUUCCUGAAGGAGAUCUCGAUGUUUAUGAUCAUGUCCAACCUUAUCGUAAGUUAG